AUGCAAGCCAUGUUUCAUGCUGCAGAAUUUCAGUAUUAGUAUAGUCUUUGACAGUUUGAGCUGUAAUUUUAGGCUUACUAAUAAUUUUUUUUGGUUCAUCUUAUAUGUUAUUUGAGCUACGAUGCCUCCUCUACGUCGGAAGCGUCACGUUGAGGUUGAAGAAGAGUACGACGAAUUUGAAGAUGAUGCCGAUAAUAUGUCUGAUGAUGAAGAUGCUGAAGAAUUUGCUGAAGAUGAACCAGAAAGUCAAAGGGAUGAGGAAAUGCUUGAUGAUGAUGCUGUUUUUGGACUGUUUAAAAAGCAUUUCUGCAACUCACUGAGGCAAAUGAUGAGAUCUGGAAAUGGUUCUCAAGCUGGACCCUCCAAUAUUGCAAGAAACAGAAGACGUAAUAGUGGCUGUGGUGUUAGUGAUGCUCGUGUUCGAAAGGUAGCCACAAGAUUAAAUGUGACCUACUUUUCUGAAAUUCUUGAAGCUUUGGAUGGGCCGAAACGUAUAGUUAUUGAGACUUACGGAUUUGGGUCAUUGCUGCACUUUGACAAGUGUGCCAUCCCUUUGCCUUUCUCUCCUUGGAUUGCUGACCAAGUUCAAGUUAGGAGUAGUGACAUUGUUGUCAGGAAUAAGUCAAUACCCAUUACUGUUAGAGCUGUCCAUGAUAUUCUUGGUAUUCCUUUUGGAGGAUCUUCAGUUAGAAAAUGUGAUGUAGAGAGAGGGAAGAAAGAAUUUCUUGCGGUCUUGAGGUUGAGUAGACUGCCAAAUUUCAAGUAUUUUGGUGAUAAAUUGAAGGAAAAAGAUAUUUCUGAUGAUGAUCUUGUCCGCAGUUUUUUGAUUGUUGCCUUGGCUACAUUUCUUUGUCCUAACUCCAACACUUAUCCGAGCACCAAGCACCUCCUACCCUUGGUUGAUAUUAAGAAUGCUAAGGACUGGGAUUGGUCAAAGUAUGUGCACUUCUGGCUCAUGGAAGAUAUUCGGAAGUAUCGGCGUAACAUGAUGUCAUCGACUCACGAUUCUAUCACUCUUGGCGGCUGCUUCUACAUGCUUUGUGUUCUUUAUCUGGACCACUUGGUUUUUGGCCCCCAAGAUCUGUUGCCAGCUACGCUACCUCGGAUAUGUGUUUGGAAGCAAGGCAUGAUUAAAGAAUUUUCUGAGUUGGACUGUGUUCGUGGCCAUACUUUUGGCAAACAUCCUAUUUUGCCUUUCAAAUCUAAUUCAAUCUGA